UUCUCUCUCCCUCACUCAAUUUCUCUCUCCCUCACUCAAUUUCUCUCUCACGUCAAUCUCUUUCUCCUCAAUGAAUUUGCUUCAAAAUACACUUGAAAAACCGAAAAUUAUAUCGUAAUUUCACGAAGAUUGCAAAGAUUUUGAGCUUGAAAAUUGCAUUUUUUGGUGCCAGAGCUUUGAUUUUUCCGGGGACUAAACUACUGAGGAAAAUUUUCAACAUACUUCUGCGAACCGUGUCUUAAAUGUUGAACAUGCAUAAACAGAAGACCUAAAAUUCAAUCAAUUUCAGGUGCCAGAGAAGCACCACAGUUGUAUCAAUAGUCGCACCAAUUCGAUAUGCUCACCUAGCAGCCAGCCAAGUAUCACAGUUCCUCAAAUAUGAGGACCUAUCAGAAAUAUCAUCAGGUCAUGGAUGCGUGACAUCUGUUGGAAGUCUUCUUGUGCCUGAGCUCCCCAAGCUUCAUGACAGAAUGAACCUGGUAAGCAAGUUAGGGGUGCUAAAAAGAUUAGAAAUACAAGCAAGUCUCAUGUAGCUUUCAAGGAGCUAUUCUGCACUUGUGAUUCAAGUUGUUUCGUGAUUUCACUCCAAAGUUUCUCAAAGAUAUAGGUUUGAAGUAGGUGGUUGGUGCUCGUUUCUUUGAAAGUGCUGGUGGUGGUCACGGAUGUCUUCUCUACUUGAUGCAGUGCUGCUGCUGUUGGUGUUAGUCUGAAGAGAGUGGCAGGGACCCUGCUGUGGUUGCCAUUUACUGGAAGAAGUGUUCUGAUCAUGUGGAAGGCAUAUGAAACUUGUAGCAGCCAAGAUAUACAUGAUGAGCUAAAUUAUACAAAACUCUCUGUCAUUGAAUGUUAUCUCUCUACAAGAUGAGAUAAAUUAUAAAACAGAAGUAUACGUGUGUAUGUCAAAGUAAACCAUUUCAUAUUAAGUAAAUAAAACAAUACAAAAAGUAAAUGAAAAAGUAGAAAACUAAUUAAACGCACACCUAAACUCUAAUUACAAAAACUCAAAAGUAAAUUAGAAAUUUUUCGAAAGUAUUUUGAUAACAUAGAAACUCCGAUAAUUGGAGUAUAUGGAGGCCAAAGUAAAGGUUUUCAAACGAAAAGUAAAUAAAACAAUACAAAAAGUAAAGAUGAACCCACGUGGGAUUCGAACCCACAUCUGUGCAUUUGCACAAUGCUCUACCGGUUGAGCUAGUAGGCUAGUGGUAUCUUAAUAGGAAUAGUUAGAACACUAUCAUACACUUUGCAUUUUAUUCAAUUUAUUGCCCAUAACAAAACAGUCAGCACAAGCCCAGCAAAACAACAUAUCAGCUAAGCAAAGAUAAAGGCAACGCAUCAUAAAGCAUGGGUCAACUUUGGUCAUGUUGACCAAAUCUCAGUACACUAACCUAGCCAUAAACAACAACAACAAAAAACUAGCUCAAACAAGAGCAACAACACAACUCAACAAUGACUGCAGAACCUCACGCUAGAAGGCCCAAAAGCAGGCAGCAGAACAUCCAAGAUAACCACACGCAGAUAUAGAAGACCACAACGCAAAAAGAAAAUAAAAAUAAGCAGCCAGGCAACAUCAUCAACUAAAAACCUACUGAAACCAGAACAGAAGCCGCUACAACAACCCUACAGACAACGAACUCCUCACAACACCUAACUACAGAAGCCUCUGACAACUCUAAAGCUUCAUUACUAGAACUGACUGUAAUAGAUCAGCACCGUCAAUGCAAGCAGAACAGAACCACCAAAACUGACCAGCAACAAAAUACUCGGUAAUAGAUCAACAUCAAAGAAGCCAUCAACCACAGUAGUCAGCACACUGUUCGUUGCCCAUGAAAUGUGUGCAUCAGCUAGUUCUGGAGAGGAAAGGCUUGAUGCAGUGGAGAAGUAACAGUACAUAAGCAUCUUCCUAGAAACGGUUAGCUAAUAAAUUUACUCUCUGCAACCCAUCUGCUUCUAUAUGGAGCAUACUUUCAGUGAAUUGGAUGAGGUAAUAUGAGUAACAAACUCGAACUACAUUUGAAAUUAUAAUCAGUUUAUACCUCUUAAACUAAUAUAACAACCACAAAGGCUACCUUGUCAGGCCUCAGUCCUUCGACCAACAUAUAUGUUAAAAUUGAACUAUUUCCAUAUAAGUUUCAUCCAGAAAAAUAAUUCAUACCAAAGGGAUAAUCCAAACAUCAACCAAAGUCAUUCUACAAAUUGAAGAUUAUAUACCAAUUGCAAACCUAAAACUGAAGCAACUUAAAACAUUCCAAGGCAAGAAAUUACCUAGCCUAUUGAGGAGACAAAGUGAGACAGAAUUCCAUUCCUUUCUCUUCAACAUACAAUAAAACGAACAAAUUCGAGCAAACCAGAGUAAGAUGAAUCAACAAAUUUUGGAGAAGAAAGAUAAAAGUUCGAGUAGCAAUCGAACAUGUAAAAUGGCAAAAAUAAUCAAUUGAAACCCUAAUAAAACAAUCAACAAUAAAAAUCGGAAAAUAAAACAUACCUCGACGGUAAAUCGCAGGAAAAAUUGAGAAAAUAGAGGAAAAUCCGAGUAAUAAUGGAGGAAGAAGUUGAAGGGUGACGAAAACUUCACUACAUGGCGGAGAAGGAAGGAGGAACGAGAAAUUAGGAGAGAGAAAACGAAAGGAAGAGAGAGAAAAAAAAUCUGAAAAAUGGGUUGAAAGAGGGAUGUCAUUCAGCGAUCUAAAGUUACCAAACUACCCUUAAUAUUUUGAUUUUUCGGGUGAAUUAUGGGCUGUUGGAUUAAUUUGAUCUACGGUUGAGAUUGGUUCUCAGUUCUCAUCUUAAGGGGUGGUUCUCACCAGAUCCUGAUUCUAUAUAUAUAUAUAUAUAAAUGAAUGCUAUUUUGGAGAUAAAAAAUUUAACAGAUCUAGGUUCAUACCUCUUCGUCGGAGGAGGAUUCUGUUUCAUACCUCCAUAUGAAGUCUUCUUAUUCAUCAAUCUCACAACUACCGUCGUCACCAAUUUCUGCCUCCCCCCCCCUGUAGUUUCAGCCCCACUGCCCUCACCCAUUUCCGAGAUUAACAUUAAUGGAUACUUCUUAAACUAACCCCCAACUGAAACAGGAAAGCUCUAAUCAAAUCUCGAGGAAGAAGAAGAGGAGAACAAGAAGAUGAACAUUAUUUUUAUUUUUUUUAACGCUGAAUGAAAUCUCGAGGAAGAAGAAACCUGAAGAAAAUGGUGGUCGAACUUGGAGCUCAGGUGGGCUUAAUUGAAAGAGGAACUCGGCAAAGAUGGGAAAAGGGGGAAAAUAAUUGUCAUGUCAUACUUGCCAUAUCAUCACCCUGUUUCUACAUUUUACUAUUCUGUUAUGUUCUUCCCCCAAAAAACUAUUUCCAAUUACUUUUAUCUUUUUACUAGGUUAGUUCCCGUGCAAUGCACGGAUAAGACUAAAUAAAUUUUUUCUCUAUUCUGACUAUUUUACUUAAAACAAAAUCAUAUCAAAUUUUAUCAUGGGUUGUUGAAAAAUUAGAGAAAUUUAUUAUUUAUUCGAAUUAUAAAGCGAUUAGUGCAAUCUUAGGUGUUUAGAGUUUCGACAAAGAUACUUAAGUUGGGCAAAAAAAAAAACUUAUCAUACCUUUAUCAGGUAACCGUUUUCUUUUAAAAUUGAAUGAUGUCCAUAACUGUAACCAUUCCCGUGCCGCUACAUAAAAUGAAAGAAAAUAAUAAUAAAAAAUGUUUGUUUGGGUAUGAACAUGUAAUUACACAUUGUUUUUUAAAACUAUUGCAUGUAGGCUAAGAGUAUAAUUAUUAUUUUUUGAAAAAAGUUUAUGAAAAUCAAAAUACUAUCUUGCUAUUACGGAGUAGCAACUUACUACGUAUAUUAUAAAAACAAUAAUAUCAUAAAAGUUGUAAUUUUCCCAUUCCUGACAUAUAUUUUUCAAAUUAGUAUUAAUAUAUUAUGUUAAAUUCUUGCCAUGAUACACAUGAAAACGUAAUUUUGGAAAAAAAAAUCAGAAAAUUAGAUAUUUUAAAAGAUUCUUUAAUUAAAAAAAAAAUAUAAGGACACACCAGGAGGUGACAUGUGUCAUUCCUGGUGUGUCUUUUAGUAUACAGUAUUGAUGAUUUUCCCAUUCCUGACAUAUAUUUUUCAAAUUAGUAUUAAUAUAUUAUGUUAAAUUCUUGCCAUGAUACACAUGAAAACGCAAUUUUGGAAAAAAAAAAUCAGAAAAUUAGAUAUUUUAAAAGAUUCUUUAAUUAAAAUUUUAUUAAAAAAAUAUACUCCGUAUAUAUAUAAGGACACACCAGGAGAUGAUUCCUUGUGUGUCUUUUAGUAUAUAGUAUUGAUGAUUUUCCCAUUCCUGGCAUAUAUUUUUUAAAUUAGUAUUAAUAUAUUAUGUUAAAUUCUUGCCAUGAUACACAUGAAAACGUAAUUUUGGAAAAAAAGAAAUUAGAUAUUUUAAAAGAUUAUUUAAUUAAAAUUUUAUUAAAAAAAAUAUAUAAGCACACACCCGGAGAUAACACGUGUUAUUCCUGAUAUAUUUUUUAGAAUAUAGUAUUGAUUUGGGUGUGAUAUGUUUUAGUAAAUACAUAUGUGACAUUUAUUUAUACGAGUAACAUCUUAGAACGUUCUGUACUUCUGUAGUAGUGACCAUCCAGUUAGUUGGUCACAUGCUGACAUGGCAUUACUACCUCAUUUUUAAAACAUGUUACCGGAAAUUGUGCAUGUAUAAGAUUGCAAUGGUGCAUCAUCAUCUUCCUCAUCAAAGAAAUAAAAAUAAUAUGUUAAACUUCUCAUCAUUCCACGUAAUUUCUCUCAAAACAUAAAGUGUUAUUCUCCACCCAUUAAAAUUUUAAAGCAUAAAAUAUAAAUUCAAAAUCUUAAAUUGUGCAUAAAAUUUAAGAAUAUAUAUUUAUUUGGGUUUUUCAUAAAAAUUUUUAAAAAAAAUGGGGGUGGAUUAUUACAAUAUAUUGCAGGUUGAUAGAAAUGCAUCAGAUGAUGAUUUAAAGAAGGCGUAUCGAAAAUUGGCUAUGAGAUGGCAUCCUGAUAAAAAUCCCACCUUUAAGACAGAAGCUGAGGCCAAAUUCAAGCAAAUAUCUGAAGCUUAUGAGGUUCUGAGCGAUGAGCAGAAGCGGCAAUUCUAUGACCAGCAUGGUGAAGAAGGAUUAAAGGACAUACCACCCCCCGGUUCAGGUGGUGGGUCCCCCUAUGGAAGCAACAAAACAGGAUUCAAUCCUAGAAGUGCAGAGGAUAUUUUUGCAGAAUUUUUUGGGACAAGUCCUUUUGAAUUUGGGUCAUCACCAAGUGUUGGAAGAAGCAAUAAAAAACAUUCAUACAGUGAUGGUGGAACUGAGAAUAUGUAUAGAACAAACAGUGAGACUACCACCCUAAAGAAACCGCCUCCUAUUGAAAAUAAGUUGCCUUGCACUCUUGAAGAACUCUAUUCUGGAUCCACUCGAAAGAUGAAGAUCUCAAGAACAGUCAUUGAUGCCAAUGGAUGUAAAGUACCUGAAACAGAAAUACUAACAAUAGAAGUAAAGCCGGGAUGGAAAAAGGGAACAAAGAUCACAUUUACAGAUAAAGGAAAUGAACAACCAAAUCAGCUUCCAGCAGACUUAGUAUUUGUAAUUGAUGAGAAGCCUCAUGACUUGUACAUCAGAGACAACAACGACUUAAUAAUGACUCACAAAGUAACUUUGGCUGAAGCAAUUGGAGGAACUACAGUGAAGGUUACAACAUUGGAUGGUCGUACACUCUCAAUACCUGUCAGAGAUAUGAUUACUCCAGAUUAUGAGCUUGUAGUUGCCAAAGAAGGAAUGCCUAUUCCAAAAGAUCCUAAAAAUAUAGGUGAUUUAAGAAUCAAGUUUGAAGUCAAGUUCCCUAACAAACUCACAUCUGAACAGAAAAAGGCCUUAAAGACUGCGUUUAACAGCUGAUCAUCUUGUAUAUAAUAAUAUAUAUACCAUUUUGUUCUAAGUUAGGAUAUAUGAAUACUUGAUCAAUUUAACAUGUAGCUUGUAAAGUUUCUGAUUUCUGAUUUCUGAUUUCUAAGCAUAUUCAUUUUUUUGUUAACAUAUUUCUUCCCAAAUCA